AUGGUAUCACAAGUGGUGGAUGGAGGAGCCACGUUUUCAGCAAUUGAUUAUUGCAAAGAGAAUCAAGUGUUACUUGCACAUGGUCAUAUUGGUUUAGCUGAUUCAGAGAUGAAAAGCAAACGUAUCGCUAUUACGAGACCCUUGGGAGUGUGGUUCAAAGACAAAACUAGUCAAUUGAUAAAGCUAAGAACGGGAAACAGCUUGAAGGCGAAGUAUACUAUUUGCUACAUUGCUACUGUCGAUGCCUGCACCGAGUACGGCUUUGACAAGGAUAUUUACUCAGCGUUGAUGGCCGAAUGCAAUACCCAUUACAGUAUCAAAGAGCAUUCACACGAAAUACAAGAAUGCUUCAUUGGUUUCCUCAAGAGGAACAAUGACAAGUCCAAGUGCUAUAUUUCUCCCACGUAUUGGUCAUCUGUCAGAUCCCAUUGCACUACACCGUUUGUGCUACAUUCAUCGAUUACGCGUACACAAGGAGAAGGUGAUAGUGAUUAA